UGUCAAAUUCAGCAUGGCGGCCGGACCAAUUGCUGAAAGAAAUCAAGAUGCCACAAUAUACGUGGGAAAUCUUGAUGAAAAAGUUGUCGAAGCCUUGCUAUGGGAGUGCUUUUUACAAGCAGGACCUGUUGUCAAUGUACAUAUGCCAAAGGACAGAAUUACCCAGCAACACCAGGGAUAUGGUUUUGUAGAGUUCUUGGGAGAAGAAGAUGCAGACUAUGCGAUUAAAGUUAUGAAUAUGAUUAAAAUGUAUGGCAAACCAAUUCGAGUCAACAAGGCAUCAGCACAUAACAAAAACCUAGAUGUUGGAGCUAAUUUAUUUAUUGGAAACUUAGAUCCUGAAGUGGAUGAAAAACUAUUAUACGACACAUUUAGCGCAUUUGGAGUUAUWUUACAGACACCUAAGAUUAUGAGAGAUCCAGACACAGGCAACUCCAAGGGAUUUGCCUUCAUUAAUUUUGCAAGUUUUGAGGCUGCCGAUGCAGCCAUAGAAGCUAUGAAUGGACAGUAUUUAUGUAAUCGACCAAUCACAGUCUCAUUUGCCUUUAAAAAGGACGCUAAGGGAGAAAGACAUGGAUCUGCUGCAGAGCGUCUACUUGCUGCACAAAAUCCGCUUGCACAAGCUGAUCGACCGCAUCAACUGUUYGCCGAUGCACCUCCUGUUCCUGCAGCGGCUGUCCCACCCAUGAUGCCUAUGGGGAUGCCUAUGCCUGGUCAACCUCCCGUUGGGAUGCCUCCAGUUCCGCCAGCAAUGCCGCCCCCAGGCAUGCCGCCACCUGGGAUGUUCUUUCCACAGUUUGGUAUACCUCCUCAAUUCCAGCAGGGUCCUCCUCAUGGAAGCCAACCCCCUCCCCCUCCCCCACCAAAUAUGAUGGGACAGCCUCCGCCACCACCUGGAUUAAUGUUUAUGAUGCCACCGCCGCCGCCAAAUCAAAUGCCUCCACCACCUCCACAUUAACUAAAAAAAUAAAAAAUGGAUAUUAAAURUUGUAGUAUUGGAUGAGCAAAAUCGUUUUUGCAUAAAAGCGCAAAAGCAAGGAAACUGAAGAUGAAAGAAAAGUGACAGAAGUGGACGUAGAAGACUAGGGGAUGCACGAGACUAAUUCAGGCAGUAGGGCUGCCUGUUGAUUCUCCUGUCUAUACUUCCCAUAUCGCUUCAUAGGCAGCCCAACUAUUUCUUGUCAAAACUAAUUUUUGCAAAAUCGUGAACAGAUCUAAACAAAUUCGUAAAAGCAAAGUUGUGUYGAACUUAAUACAUGCAAGUAUGAAAAAAUAAUUGCAAUUUGCCAUCAAAGUUGAGAGACUGUUUGAUAAGUAAAUAUUUAACCAAGAAACUCGAAAAUUCGUGUUGUGUUUAACUUGCUCUUGUAAACUUGACUAUUUUGAAGUGAAUUGUUUGACUUUGUGGGAUGUUUUACCCKCCUGAUUUUAAGUAGUGUUUUCUUAUGUUAAAAAAGAUCGUCAGGACAAACGAAUAAAUGAGAAUUAAUAAGUGAGGACGAAAGCUUAAAAAAUAUGUGAAAAAGCUUUUUAAAGCUUUUUUUUAGCUGAUUAAAAAAUCAGUCGGAA